AUGAAUAGCUACUGUCCUAUUAAUAUUGGUAUAUCAACUUAUGUUAAGUUACCAGAUUUUAUUAGGAAUACAAAAAGUGUAAUCAAUAUUAAAAACAAUGAUUCGUAUUGUUUUUUGUGGGCUGUUGUGUGUGCUCUUUAUCCAGCUAACACUAAUACUAAUAGGUCAUCAUCAUACCCUCAUUUUAGUAGAGUAUUAAAAUAUGACAAUAUACAAUUUCCUAUAAACUUGAAAGAUAUACCAAAAUUCGAAGCAUUAAAUAAACUUUCAAUAAAUGUGUUUAUUAUUAAAGGAAAAAAUGAAAUUUUACAAUUAACACUUAGUAAGAAUGAAUUCUCUCCUCGAAUUAAUUUGCUUAUGAUCGCUUGUGAAAAUAAUUGGGAUAGUGAUAGAAAUAAUGAUGAUACAACUAAUAAAAAUAUUUUUCAUUUUGCUUUUAUAAAAGAUUUAUCAUGUUUAGUUAAUAGACAAUUGGGUAAUAUUAAACAUAAAAAAUGGAUAUGUGACAUAUGUUUAAAUCAUUUCAUGAGUAGAUUUAAUUUAGAACAACAUUUAGAAGAUUGUAAAAAUGUUAAUAAAACUAAAGUUGUCAUGCCUAAAGAAACACACAAAAUUAUGAAAUUUAAAAACUUUAAAAACAAAGAACCUGUUCCUUUUGUAAUUUAUGCAGAUAUUGAAAGUAUACUGAAUGAUUAUGUUGAUGAUGUACAAACAAGUAAUACACAAAUAUAUCAAAAACAUGAAGCAUUUAGUGUUGCAUAUUAUUUAAAAUCACAUUUUGAAAAUAAAUAUCAAUCUAAAUUUAGACUUUACACAGGUCAUGAUUGUUUGGAUUGGUUUGUAUAUGAAUUACAAAAAAUUGCUAAAGACCUUAAUGAAAUUCAUAAUAAUGCAGAACCAAUGAACCUAACUGUCGAAGAAGAAAUUAACUUUCUUAUGUCUACUACUUGUCAUAUUUGUCAUAAACCAUUUCUUGAUGGUGAUAUAAAAGUAAGGGACCAUUGCCACUAUUCAAAAAGGUUUCGUGGGAGUAGCCAUAAGGCAUGUAAUUUAAAUUAUAAAAAUUCACAUACUGUUCCAGUUUUAUUUCAUAACUUGUCAGGGUAUGAUAGUCAUUUUAUUAUCAAAGCUCUUAGUACAAAACUUAAAGAAAAUAUUACUUUACUACCAUUAAAUAAAGAAAAAUAUAUUUCAUUUACAAAGUAUAUUAGUGGAACUAAAAUCAAUUUUAGAUUUUUAGAUUCAUUUAGGUUUAUGUCAAAUAGUUUAAAUGAAUUAUCAUCUUAUUUAGAUGAUAAUGAAAAAAAAAUUACAAAAAAAUAUUUUAGUGAUGAUGAUAAAUUUAAAUUAGUUACAAGAAAAGGUAUUUUUCCUUAUGAGUAUUUAAAUUCCUGGGAAAAAUUAAAAGAUAAAUAUUUACCCAAAAAGGAGGAUUUCUAUAGCAAACUUACAAGUGAAGGAAUAUCUGAUAAAGAUUAUGAACACGCUUGUAAUGUUUGGAAUAAAUUUAAUUUAAAUAAUCUUCAAGAAUAUGCAGAAUUAUAUUUACAAACCGAUGUACUGUUGCUUGUUGAUGUAUUUGAAAAUUUUAGAGUCAUGUGUUUGAAAACAUACGAGUUGGAUGCUCUUCAUUACUAUACAACACCUGGUUUUGCUUUUGAUGCUAUGCUUAAAAUUACAAAUGUAGAUAUAGAGUUACUUACUGAUAUUAAUAUGUCUUUAUUUAUUCAAAAAUCUAUUAGAGGGGGUGUCUCACAAUGUAGUAACAGAUAUGCUGAAGCAAACAACUUAUAUAUGGGUGAAAAAUAUAAACCUGAUUUACCUACUUCAUAUUUAAUAUAUUUCGAUGUAAAUAAUUUAUAUGGAACCGCAAUGUGUUUUCCAUUACCAUAUGGAGAAUUUCAGUGGGUAUCCAAUGAAGAUAUUUAUAGAGAAAAUAUCUUUAGUAAUAAUCAUUAUGACUUAGAUGAAUACGGGUAUAUUCUUGAAGUUGAUUUACAUUAUCCUAGGGAACUCUUUAAUUUACAUCAAGAUUUACCGCUCUGUCCUGAACAUUUAGUAUCACCUAUAUCAUAUUCUGAUCAACCAAAAUUACUAACAACUUUGUAUGAUAAAGAAAAAUAUGUGAUUCAUUAUCUAGCAUUAAAACAAGCUAUACAGUUGGGAAUUGUGGUUAAAAAAAUUCAUCGUUGUCUUAAAUUCAAACAAUCAUGUUGGCUUAAACCAUAUAUCGAUUUAAAUACAGAUCUAAGAAAACAGAGCAAAAAUGAAUUUGAAAAAAACUUUUUUAAAUUAAUGAAUAAUGCCCAAUAUGGCAAAUGUAUCGAGAACGUUAGAAAUUAUAAGGACGUUAAGCUAGUGACUAAAUGGUUAGGAAGAUAUGGUGCUAAGUACUACAUUUCACAACCUAAUUUUCAUAGUUGUACUAUAUUUAGUGAAAAUAUGAUAAUUAUUGAAAUGAGUAAAUUAAAAGUAACUUUAAACAAACCAAUCUUUAUAGGAACAUCAAUAUUAGAUAUUUCAAAAACGUUUAUUUACGAUUUUCAUUAUAAUUAUAUAAAAAAGAAGUUUAAUAAUAAGGCAAAAUUAAUGUACACAGACACCGACAGUUUAAUUUACCAUUUCUCUGAUAUUGAUGACAUUUAUAAACAUAUUAAAAACGAUAUAGAUAAGUUUGAUACAUCAGACUAUCCAGAAAAUAACGUUUUUAAUAUUCCAAGAAAGAAUAACAAAGUCUUAGCUUUGAUGAAAGAUGAGAAUAAAGGUAAUAUCAUGACACACUUUAUUGGAUUAUCAAAAAUGUAUGCUUUAAAAGUAAUGUCAACAUCAUCAUCAUCAUCUAUUCAAUCUGAUGAUGAUGAUGUAGAUAAAGAAACGGAAAUUGAAAUUCGAAAGGCAAAAGGUAUUAAGAAAUCAGCUUUAAAAUAUAUAAGAUUUGAGGAUUAUCACAAGUGCUUGUUUAACAAUUCACAAAUGGAAGUUUACCAGAAUUCCAUCAUUUCAAAAAAACAUGAAGUGUAUACAAUUUCACAAAAAAAAAUUGCUUUGAGUCCCUAUGAUGAUAAAAGAAUUGUAUCUAAUGUUUACACUGAUACAAAACCAUGGGGAUUCAAUGACUAUUAUUCAUUUUAAAACAAAAGUUAUUUAAUAAAUAAAUAAUAACAGUUCGUUUUUAUGCUUAAUUAGUUUACAAUUUAAUCACAUUGGACAUUGGAAACAAUUGGAAGUCUUAAAAACUAUUCUGAGAUAAUUCAAUCAAGAAAUCAAUUUUCUAUUUCAAUAAACAUACUAAAACAGAUCGAGAGAAGAGAGAGAAAGUGGGAGAGAAGAAUAUUACGUAAGCAAGAAUCUUAAAUAAGAAGAAAUAUACAAUAACCACAACAAGAACAGCAAUACCACCAAAUCCUAAAAAUUAGAUGUCUGGAAUAAAAUUCAGAACAUACACUGCCGGUGUAGUACAAGAA